AUGGAACCCAAGAAUUACAGCACCAUUAGAAGCAUUCUAAAGAAAGCCCAAGGAGAGAAAAUUGCUUCAUAUGUCUUUAAAAUCAAUAAUAUCCAAACUCUCCAGGAAUAUCUAGAUCAAGAAAAAAUUACUUAUGAAAUUUAUCAAGAGGAAAGGAAAAUAAUAACUAAUAAGCGAGUGUUAAUGCCAACACAUGAUGAACCAAGAAAGAAACGAAAACUUGAAGAAAGAGAUGACUGGGAAAAGGAGGUUUUCGACUGGAGUGAGAAGCUUCGCGAUAUGGCAGCACCGCCGACAGGUCGUUCCUCUCUCUCAGAUUCGAUUUCUAGUACUGCAUCUGUGGGACGGAAAAGGCGAAUUGAAAAGUUAAUAGAAAUCGCAGAAAGCAACAAAAAACAGAAAAUUGAUGGGAAAUUAGCAUUCAGUGAAUUUGGCAAGGCUUCUACUAGAGUAUUUGAUGCGUUUGGAUUGGAUCAAUUUGGACCUGAUAGAUUUGAACCACCAUCUGUAACGCUGCCUGAUACUUUGGUGGAUAAAAUCUUCGAGGAAUUAACGGCAAGCGCGAGUGUCUCUGUUGGAAUUGCUGGUAAGGCCAAGACUUUCUACAUGUCUUUUCUUGAUCAAGGCUUUUCUGAAAUUAUUGUCUUAGAACAUGUAGGCGAUGUCAAGAUUUUUCUUGAACAAGAGUUGAAUGGGAUCGAAGUUCCUGCGAAUGGCAAUGUGGAGUAUGUGAUAAAGGUUAAGGAAAAAAUCAUACUUAUACUUGAAGCGAAGGCGGACGAUUUUGCUAUGGGAAGAGCUCAAAAUUAUGUGGAAUGUGAAGUUGGAUAUGAGGUAAGGCCAACUUCCAUGUCUGAGGCUUUUAAUGCUGCAGCGAUUGGGCAUAAAUUGCGGACAUCAGUCGCAUAUUUACGGUAUAGUGACAAAUUCAGCCCUGUGGACUACCCGUAUAUGAAUGAUAACGAAUACAAUGGUUCCACCGAAUAUGACAAGGCAAUACGUUUUUUGGAGAUAGGUUGCAAUUGUGGUUGCUCAAAAAUGAUUCCGAGAGAAAGGUUCGCUGAAUUACGUGAGUCAUUUCAAGCUCUCUCUAGAUCCGAACAAGACAUAUUUUUAAUGGCCCAACUGAAAGCAAUGAAUGGUGGAGAAAUAACUGCCAGUCGACGUCUUAAAAGGAAAAACCGAAUAGGUCGUACUCACUUCGAAAACGUCAGAAAUCACCUAUCAACAAAUGGCAUAAUACCGCGUGUUCAUGGUAAUAUCAAACGAGUGCCGCGAUGGAAAACCAAAAUAACCAUUGAUAUAACCGUUGCUACCGCCGUGAAGAAUUUUCUCGAAAAUUAUGCUGAAAUUCAUGGACUACCAAGUCCUGGUAGAAAUGUCAAUCGCAUUACUCAAUCGUUUACACUUUUGCCAGCCGAAACGAGUUAUAAAUCGGUCUAUCGUGAUUUUAUUGCAGGUCUCGAAAACGAUAGCACGUUGAAAUUGUUAAAAUAUGUUGCAUUCCGCAAGUUAUGGCACCAAUUAGCGCCUUAUAUUCAAAUCAUGAGUCCAAGAACGGAUUUAUGUGACACGUGCCAACAUUUUCGGAACGGCCUACAGUAUAAUGCUCGCAAGGAAGAAGAAGCAAAAGAUUUACUGAAAAAAUACACGGAACAUUUAGUUAAGGCUAAAUUAGAGAGGAAUUAUUACAACAAAAAUACGAAACUAGCAGAACUACAGAGGAAAUUGCUACGAUUGAGCGCAAAACGUUCACGUACCCCAUUCCGAUCAGCAAAUGAAGCAGUACGCGAACAAAUUAAUUACGUUCUCGAUGAAGACGAAAUUAUUGGGAAAGGGCCCAAUGGUACGCUGAGCCUGGUAUUCGAUGGAAUUAAGAGAUUGAAUAAAGGUGAAAAUAUCGAAUUAAAUUUCAUGAUACCUGGACAUACUAAAUUUAAGUGUGAUAGUAGUUUUGGCUUAAUUAAGAAACUAUAUCGCAAAACGACGGUAGAUUGUGUGGAUCAUAUUGUUGAGGUUGUGAAAAGAUCGAGCACAGCGGGAUUAAACAAAGCUCAACGUUAUGACAAUGAGAAAGGCUUUCAAUAUUUGGAUCUUAAUUCCGUGUUGGGAAUUUUUUUUAAAAAACUAAACGGUUUACAAAAAUAUCAGCAUUUCGUAUUCGAAGCAGCCAAACCUGGUAUUGUCAAAGCUCAGCUGGUUGCUAAUGGUUCGUACACUGAAUUUAAUCUGUUAAAAACUAGAAAAGCAAGUGUUUCCGAAAUUAUCAAAGAAAUUAAAUCUUUUUCUAUUUUAGUUCUAACUCCGUCUCCUUUGGAUUAUAAAAGACGAGAAUAUCUUUAUCAUAAUAUUCGCCCAUUUGUUAGAGACGAAUUCAAGGAUAUUACUUGUCCAAGACCAACCUAUACUGAGAAUGAAUAA